AUGGGUCAAACACUUGGUUGCAUUCAAGUAGGUCAGUCAACUGUUGCUGUGAAAGAACGCUUUGGUUCGCUUGAGACAAAAACAAAGGACAAUGUUUUUGUCACUGUAGUAGCAUCCAUUCAGUACAGAGCGUUAGCAGAAACUGCAGCUGAUGCGUUUUACAAGCUUUCAAACACCAAAGGACAGAUCCAGUCCUAUGUUUUUGAUGUUAUAAGGGCCAGUGUGCCACGAAUGGAGUUGGAUGCUGCAUUUGAGCAGAAGAAUGAAAUUGCUAAAGCAGUAGAGGAAGAACUUGAAAAGGCUAUGUCUGCUUAUGGGUAUGAGAUUGUCCAGACCCUCAUUGUGGAUAUAGAGCCAGAUAUCCAUGUCAAGAGGGCAAUGAAUGAGAUUAAUGCUGCUGCAAGACUCCGUGUUGCUGCGAAUGAGAAGGCUGAAGCAGAGAAAAUACUGCAGAUCAAGAAAGCUGAAGGAGAAGCUGAAUCCAAGUACUUGUCAGGGCUUGGCAUUGCUCGACAGCGUCAAGCCAUUGUAGAUGGUCUUCGAGACAGUGUGCUUGCUUUCUCAGAGAACGUGCCUGGAACAUCAGCCAAAGAUGUGAUGGACAUGGUUCUUGUUACUCAAUAUUUUGAUACAAUGAAGGAGAUUGGAGCUACUUCCAAGUUAUCUGCAGUGUUUAUUCCCCAUGGACCAGGUGCUGUCAAAGAUGUUGCUUCUCAGAUCCGCGAGGGUCUUCUUCAGGCUGAAAGUAUCCAGCAUUAGUUUAAUAAAGAUUAAGGGUAAUUGAUAGUCUUGCGCGGUUCGAUGCUUUUAGUUUAGUGUUGAUACAGUAGCUUUACUUGUGUUGAGCUUAUAUAAUCCAUAUAUUGAUACACACAACGUUUGGUUUCACUAUAUAGGUUGUUUGCUACCUAACCUGGCAAACAAGAAGUUUUGCAGUUGAUUGCAAUUUAUCUUGUCAGACAAUGUGUCUUUAUCGGAGUUUUUUAGGUAUUUACUUGCCAAAAGUAAAUCACAUCACUUACCUGGCCUAUAUUAGCUGCUAAUUAAAUUAUCCAA